AUGGUAAUAUCACCGCUUAGAAAAUUGAAUUUGAAUUCAAAAGCGAUUAUCGAUUCCGAUAAUCGUUCGGAGACUUCAGAUAUGUUAAAGAGUCCAACUCCACCAGUAUUCCGCAGGUUAAAAUCCUCGCUGAAACUAUCGAAAUCUCAAUCAACGCCUUCUGUGGCAACUACUCUCUCAUCAUCUUCUUCGCAGAAAAAUGUGCGCUUUGCCGCGGAACUAACUACUGUGAAAAAGUUUGAUUCGUCAUUAGAACCUAUCUCUAUUUCGAAUGAAAAUUCCCCCAGGUUUUAUCCACUCUCCGAUACAGACUUGCAGUAUAACAUUGCUAAUCCCGAGACUUUAUACGAUAACGAGGGCGAUUGUUGUGCUACUGAGGAUGGAUUUUGGUUUAACGAAUCUUCGCUUUUACCGAGUUUACAAAGACUGAACGAUGUGAAGAGGCUGAAAAAAUUCAAUAAGAAGAAAAAUGUGGCUGUAUCGAAGUUUCAGUUGGAUUACGACUCAGAUAGUGGGUUGGAUGAUGAUGACGAUGAUGACGAGAUGGAAGAGGAUGAUCUGGAUUCUGCUCCUCGAUCGGCGGUUAUGAAACGUGACGAAUCAUUCGAUAGUAAAUUCUUGGAAGUUAUCGAUUGGAGACUUAUUAGGACCAAUGUUUGUCCUUUCAAGCAUGUGCUUAACCCUUUUGUACUUAUUGAUCAAAAUGAUGGGUAUGAGAAUCAAUUGUUUGAAUAUUUACAGGGUUCGAAUAUUCGUUUACACACUUUGAAACAGUCAAAGAGUGAGUUUGGUAAGAUUGUUGGGUUGAUUUAUGUCAAUAAUUUGAAUUUUGAAAAAUUCAUUGAGAUUAAGUUAACGUUUAACUCAUGGAAGGAUAUUCAUUAUAUUACGGCAAAUUAUUCAAGAUCUGUCACUAAGAAGAUCGAUGAAUUUAAGUUUGUGAUUGAUUUGAAUAGUUUGAAAUAUGCGCUACAAGUUAAAUCUCUGAUUUAUGCCAAAUCAAAUGCCGAGACAACGCUUUGCCCUUUGAACAUCGAUCUAUGUUGUCGAUACGAUGUUAAUAAUGAGACUUUCUAUGACAACAACAAUUAUGACAACUAUCAAGUAAAAUUGAUCGCUAGUACAAGAAAUAUAUCAGAGCCAAUACGCCCGGUUGUAAAGAUGACUCCGCCAACGCCCGUCGUCGAAAAGACUUCACCAAAAGUCACUCCCUUUGCCAGAGACUUCCUGGUAUCUACUACUUUAUCGCAUAAUCCUAUCCUGAGGGGAAAUGACGUUGGAUCCAGAAAGUUUAGUGAUGAUACGGACUACUAUAAUACAUCCCCACUCAAACACUUGUACCAUAAUGACACUUCGUUAAUCAGACCCGUUAGGCUAAACCAAGUUUUGAUGAAUCCAUCCUCCACGGACGAAGAAGACUAUACCACUCCGGAACCAGAAGAAGUUCCCCCUAUGAGUGCUCCCAUUCUAGCGAAAGCUUCAAUUGAUUCACAUAAUUCUUCGUCUUCAUUUUCAUCCUCUUCCUCAGGUGGUUACUCACCACUGGAAGAUUUUACUUCUCUGGGAACCAGAGAAUACUGUUCGAUAGAUUCAAUGUCCUCUAUGGAUAUGGUAAAUUACAACUAUCAUUUACCCAUUUUCAACACUUUAAACAGCUACAAUGAGAAUCAUGAAGAUGGUCAAAGUAUUGUCACAGACGUUCUCGGAGAUCAUCAAAAUAAUAGAGAUAAUUCUACCGAUACCUUGAUAAAUCCAAAUUUUAUCCCAAGGCCCUUGUCCUCUGCAUCUACAGAAUCUGCAUCGUUACAAACUUCUCAAAGAAAUGAACGACUAAGUGCUGCUACACCUUUACCGAUAAACGCUAAUAAAUCCAAUCCAGAGAUCAUCUCAGGAACAAAGGAUCAAGACUAUCAAGCUUUUUUGAGCUCAUACUGUUUUUACAAUUCACCAUCAUCAAAAGGGUUUGAUAAUCCCUUUACAUUAGAAAAUAAAUCAGCCUUACUCGAUUGA